CCUAGUGAUGAAUUUUGCAUCAACAGACAUAUUAAACCAUCUUGUUUCUCAAACCAUAAUAACCUUAAAACAACUCAAACAUGUCCACGCUCGCAUUAUUCGAUUCAAUCUUUUACACGACAAUUAUCUCAUCAACAUUCUCUUACGUCUAUCCUUCAAUUUCACUUCUCAACAUAACAACAAUAAUUAUUCUCAACUUGUUUUUACACAAACCCCAAACCCAAAUACUUACGUUUACAACACAUUCAUUCGUGGUCUUGUUUCUAAUAAUCAAUUUCAUGAAUCCAUUGAAACUUUUUACUCAAUGCGGGUAAUUGGGUUUUUACCGAAUUCUUUUACCUUCCCAUUUGUAUUGAAAGCAUGUGGUAAAGUCUUGGAUUUGAAUUUGGGUGUAAAUUUGCAUACUUUGAUGGUUAAAGUGGGUUUUGAUGUCGAUAUGAGAACUGGGUUGGUUUGUUGUUACGCGAAAUGUGGACGGUUGGAUUAUGCAUGUAAGGUGUUUGAUGAAAUGCCUGAGAAGAAUGUGGUUUGUUUAGGGGCAAUUGUUGGUGGGUAUGUUGAUGCAGGGAGGUAUAAUGAUGCGGUUGCAGUGUUUAAGAGGUUGGUUAUGGGAGGGACUGGUUUGAGGCCGGAUAGUUUCGUUAUUGUGAGGGUUUUAAGUGCUUGUUCUAAGGUAGGGGAUUUGGAAAAUGUGGAGUGGUUAGAUGGAUGUAUGAGGGGUUUCAGUAUUGGGAGGAAUAUAUUCGUUGGGACGGCGUUAGUGGACGCGUAUGCUAAGUGUGGAAAUAUGGAGAAAGCGGUUGUAGCGUUUGAUCAAAUGGUUGAAAAGGACGCGGUUACAUGGGGUGCUAUGAUUCAAGGUUAUGCGUCUAAUGGGAAACCGAAAGAAGCUCUAGAUGUGUUUUAUAGAAUGAGGAAUGAUAACAUAAAUCCAGAUUGUUAUACAAUAGUUGGAGUUCUUUCGGCUUGUUCAAGUUUAGGAGCUCUAGAUUUAGGAGAAUCAGCGCUUACCUUAGUUAAUAAAAACGAAUUCUUGUAUAACCCUGUUGUAGGUACGGCGUUGAUUGAUAUGUAUGCAAAAUGUGGAAAAAUGGGUCGUGCUUGGAGGGUAUUUAGAGAGAUGAAAUUAAAAGAUGUUAUAGUUUGGAAUGCUGCUAUAACUGGUUUGGCGAUGAGUGGUGAAACCCGAGUUUUGUUUGGUGUUCUAGGUCAAAUGGAGAAACUAGGAUUUCACCCUGAUGGGAAGACCUUUAUCGGCAUUCUAUGUGGAUGUGUCCAUGGGGGUCUUGUUGAUGAUGGAAAACAAUAUUUCAACAAUAUGAAGCGUGUGUAUUCAGUGACUCCGUCGAUUGAGCAUUAUGGGUGUAUGGUAGAUCUACUAGGGCGAGCUGGUUUGUUAAAUGAAGCUCAUCUUUUGAUUAAAGAUAUGCCAAUGGAGCCUAACGCUAUUGUUUGGGGAGCCUUGUUGAAUGGAUGCAGGCUGCACCGUGAUACUGAAUUAGCCGAAUAUGUUUUAAAAUGUUUGAUAGAAUUAGAACCGUGGAAUUCAGGAAACUAUGUACUCUUAUCUAAUGUAUUCUCUGAUAACAAAAAAUGGGAAGAAGCACAGAGAAUCAGAUCCACAAUGAUUCAUAGAAACAUCAAAAAAAUACCAGGAUGUUGUUGGAUAGAAGUAAAUGGCAUAGUACAUGAGUUCCUUGUCGGCGACACAUAUCAUCCAAUGUCCGAAAGGAUUUAUGCUAAACUUAGUGAAUUAACCAAGGAAGUAAAACAACAAAUGGGCUAUACGCCAACAACAGAAUUCGCAUUAUAUGAUGUUGAGGACGAGGAGAAAGAGCAUUUCUUGAAUUGUCAUAGUGAGAAGUUAGCUAUUGUGUUUGGUCUAAUCAGUACUAAACCUGGUGAUGUGAUUCGAGUAGUGAAAAAUAUUCGAGUGUGUGGUGACUGCCAUGUCGCAAUUAAGCAUUUUUCGAAAAUUACUGGUAGAGAGAUAAGUUUGAGGGAUAAUAGUCGUUUCCAUACCUUUAUAGAUGGUUCGUGUUCAUGUGGAGAUUACUGGUAAAUGGUGACCUACUAUACAUUAUGAAAAUAGAAGUAAAUGCAUUCUUUCCUAUACUAUUUUUUUU